UCUCACACUCCUGUAAGUGACUACACCUCUCUAUAGAAGAAAUGAAUCAUUUAGCAAGUAACGGAGAGACUGUAGGAAAGUCAGAAACAGGCGAUUGAUACAUAUGUUAAAGAAUGAAUGAUAGAUCAUAGUACUGUAGAUGGAGAUUAAGUCAGAUUUAGUAUACAGGGAUACAGAGAUUAGUAAAGUAUGGAGGAAGGAGCCCAGCAAUGAAGUACGAACUGGAGAAAAAUACAUUUAAAUAAAAAGUUACACAGUAAAGUAAAAAGAUACCAGCAGUGAGAAACUGCAGUCAAGAGCUUUUAAAGCUGAAGGACAUUUAAGAGAGGAAGAGAGAUUGGAGAUUACAAUACUGAAAGUAGUUAGGGAAGAAAGUGCCAGGUGUGUUUCCUAUAGUGUACACUAGAGGACAAGUGAUGUUUGUAUUUGGCAAUCUGUAGUGCAACCUGUAUCUGCAGAUGGAGACACAAUGCACUGGCACUCUGUGCCCAAGUGAGGUCUAGAUCCUUACCACCCUCUGCCAUACUUGUGUCUCCUUGUUAAGUCGUUCAAGAUGUGGUGGGAUGAAAGACUGUUCUACCUCUUCAAGAGGAACCUACAUCCCACCUUAACCUACUGGAGCGUGUUCUUUAGUUUUGGCCUGUGCAUUGCCUUUUUGGGACCCACCUUGCUUGACCUGAGAUGUCAGACACACAGCAGCCUAAGGGACAUUACCUGGGUAUUUUUCUCUCAGCAAUUCUGUCUUCUUCUAGGAAGCACGUUGGGAGGAAUUUUCAAAAGAACGAUCAAACAGUCUCUGUUAGCCCUUUUGCUUUCUUCUCUGGUUAUCUCCAUGGUGUUCGUCAUCAUCCCAUUUUGCAGCCAAGUUGGGAUCCUGGCAAUAGUGAUGGCAAUAGCUGGACUGGCAAUGGGCUGCAUAGACACCAUAUCCAACAUGCAGCUAGUAAAGAUUUAUCAGCAGGAUUCAGCUGUCUUUCUACAGGUGCUACAUUUUUUUGUUGGGUUUGGUGCCCUCCUGAGCCCCUUGAUUGCAGACCCGUUUCUCUCUGAGAGUAACUGUAUUCAGUCCAACCUUACUCAAAAUGGUAGCCAAAACUUGGAGCACAUCAGAAACUCUUUGGUCCCCCAUCUCCCAAUGAACCAUUCUCAUUAUGUACUUCCUCUCCAUGGGCCAUCUGUGACUCAAGUAUCCUACGCGUUUUGGAUCAUGGCUGCAAUCAAUCUCCCUGUGCCCUUUGCUGUAUUUCUUCUAAUGUAUAAGAAAGGAAUGGUGCCCAAAUGUACCACUCGGAGAAAGUCUUUGCUGUCUUCAGAUGAGUUAGCCAUGGAGACUCAGAAAGAGACAGGUGAUACCCAGGACACAGAUACAUUGGAUGUGCAAGGCCAUGGUGUUUCCCUGCUUUGCUGCCAGAGUAAGAAUUUGCGUGACGCUACCUUUACCUUUUUUGCGAUACACACCUGCGCUGCUGUAAUCCUCUUCAUGACUGAUGGGCUAGCGGGGGAAUUUUCUGGUUUUGUUUACAGCUAUGCUGUGGAUCAGCCGCUGUAUCUGGCCCAUAAGACAGCAGGAUACCUACCUAGCCUCUUCUGGGGCUUCAUCACUCUGGGGCGCCUAAUCUCCAUUCCAGUAUCCUAUAAAGUAGCUCCCCGGACCAUGAUUUUCAUCAACCUGACUGGAGUGACAGCAACAUUCCUGUUCUUGCUGAUGACACAGUUCAGCACUGUUAGCCUGUUUAUUGGAACGUCUCUACUUGGGCUAUUUCUCAGUAGCGUCUUCCCCAGCAUGUUGGCGUAUACAGAACAUAUCCUGAGCUAUAAGGGCUGUGCCACAACUAUUCUUGUAACUGGAGCAGCAUUGGGGGAGAUGGUCCUGCAGAUUCUAGUGGGAACGGUGAUGCAAACGCAAGGUAGUUACAGCUUCCUGGUGUGCGGUGUCAGUCUCUCUUCCCUGGCUCUCAUAAUGUUUAUUGUGCUUCUGGUGUUUGACAGUUUGCAUCCCGGAGUCUUAGAAGAUUCUUCAGGUAAAACUCCAGAGCUCGGUACAGAUAUUCCAUAUCAGAGGUAAAGGAGGUCAUUGCUUGUGAAAUAAAGAAUUCUAAUAUGGACUGAACUUUUGGACCACUCAUCUUAAUCUAAGACCUGGGUUGCCCUUAGCUGCAGGAAUGAAAACAAAAUCAAGUAGAGAAUAUAGAAUGCAAAGUGUCAUGUGCAUAUGUAAGUGUCGUAUAAUGUUCAGUUAUUAAUACCCACUAGCUUUCCUGGAAUUACUACAGAAAGCAAAUAACCCAUUCCAAUGUUUGGAUACCAAAAUGGAAAUUACAAAGCAAACCUGUCUGUGGUUCCACUUGACUGCAUAGGAUUCUGGGUAGAUAAAGAGCACCACCACUAAUGCACUUUCUAAGCUGUAAAAAAAAUGCUUACACAAAAAUAAAGGUCAGAUUAAAUAAA